AUGAUCGUCGAUACGAAGCCAUACGCAAACUCGGGGAAGGCUCGUAUUCUACUGCGGGUUAGUGGUCAGCACAAGGUGAGUCGCGCUCAUAGCUCCGAGCUUCAGGAUCAGAUCAUUGACUGGAGAUGUAGCAUACCCAGGUAUGCUGUCCUCGAAAUUAUGACCGCUCAAUCCUCCACUGCCUUUACUGAACUCGCUAUUCUCGACCACCUUUCGAACUCGGCGCCAGAGGACCCAAACGCUCAACACAUCACGAAGCUUCUCAAAAGAUUCCAUCAUGAGGGCCCCAACGAUAAUCAUCAAUGCCUCGUCUUUGAGCUCAUGGGUGCAAGCGCUGCUUCACUUGUGGAGGAGCUUCCCGAGAACAUUCCAAAGUUGUGGGGCGUGCCGCAGCGAUACGCGAAACCAGUGGCUAAGAAGAUACUCAUUCAUGCACUGCAUGGACUAAAAUUUAUGCACAAGAAUGGUGUGGUGCACGGCGAUCUGCAGCCAGGCAAUCUGCUCUUCUCAAUCGAGAACCUCGAUGAAGUAGACCAGCAGCAACUGGAGCAAAACAGAACCGACGCGGCGAUUCCGUUGAGGAGAAUCGACAAGAAGACAGACAGAUGGGUACCUCGAAGCGUGUAUCAGAGAUAA